AUGAAAAACUUAUCACUCCAUAAAAGGUUAAGCAGAAAAAACAAAAACAGAGAUCUUUUAAAGCUGAGAAGCCCUCAAGCUAGGAUCAUUAGCCCUAGGCCUACCACCAAGAAAUGUAUCAGGAUACAAGCUCUGGACUUCUCAUCGAUGAGUUUUAAUGAAGCAUCAUUUGGAGAUAAUAGCCCUGAUCCCUUCCAAGCGUUUCAGAAUGAGAGAAUUUCUAGUGCUGCUACAUUUGAUAGUCCUCCCAAAAAUAGAAGGAGGUAUAUGCCUAAAUAAAGAGACUUUUGAGCCGACUUUGCCCUUCCUUUCUCCUACCAGUGAAAAAUCAAAAAGAUGGGAAAGAGUGACUAAAGUAAUAGAGAAAGAAUUCUCCGACCAGCAAGAAAAAGUCAGGAUGGGUUUUAGGCAAUUCAAAAAAUAUAAAAGAGUGGAGAAGAGGAACCUCCCGUUUAUAAAUACCAAGUAUUAUAUCGGGAUCAGCACCCUAGUUGAAUAAGCCACCUGAAAACGCCAUUGACACCAUAAAUGGGGUAGAAGAUAACUUUUUAUUUCUAAGAUUCAU